AUGCCCGACAUCGACUUUCCCGACGCGGAUGCCGACGAUCUCACCGACGAUGACGACGAUGACGACGCUGACGGCCCAACCGGCACCCCGGAAGACGAGCCCCUCGCACUCCCUUCCGACUUCACUGCCGCAGAGCGCGACGACCUCGGACUGCAGGCACUGGCCGCCGUCGAACGCCGUAUCCGCCUGGGGCAUGCUUACGACCUGCUGGACGGCAUAAAGCAAUCACUUAACCAUCAAGGUGCUUUCCUGCUCGACAAGCGCAAGCACGCGAGGGGACAGAAAGACAACACGCGUUCGCAAACCCAAGUCAAUGCUGCGGUCGCGCGGACGAGAUCAAUUGCUGGGCUUUACAACUAUAACCGUGACCGGUUGUUCGCCCUGAGCUGCGACGAGUCGGACAUUCUUCCACGGCUCAACCUCGACACAGAUCUCAAGGGCAAGAAUUGGAACAAACCGCGCCAGCUUGGAGAUAGUCGGGACGAGGCGAGCUGGAUAUGGACUGUGGUAGGUGAUGCUGGUUUCCCGGCGACUUUGCAUACUGACAGAUGUGCAGUUGAUCGCGUGCAAUGGUUCCGGGCCAAAGCGGAGAUGACUCGAGCAAACGAAGAAGUCAACAAGCUUCAUGCCGAGUUCAAGCGGACGAUCCUCGGCUUCAAGAACAUGUCGAAGGCAUGGGAGGCAGUGUCCACGAAGAAGGACUUGUCGCGCGGCGCACAAGUCUAUGCAUGGAAGAAGGCCGAUAUGUUCAGUAAGAUGAGUCUCCAGUGUGCGAACGCCUUCGCAAGCACGCGGAGAGACCACGAAGAGAAAUGGGACUAUGCUAAGGUCAAUCAAUCGCUUUGA